GUCUAUGUAUUAUUGAAGCUAAGUUGGGUAGACCGUAUCAAUUGCAUAGAUAUUUUAUACUGUAUUCUGACGCUGUCCUUCGCAGCACUUGUGAAUAUCGCUCACCUUUUGUUAUUGUUCUUAUGACUGCUACCAUUCACUGACCGCUGCCGCAGGACUUCCAGGCCUUUAGGAAAUUCUCCUUUUUGCAUCUCUCUCUGGUUGGUCUCUCCACCCCUCUGUGACCUGGGGAUGAACGCACCAAUGAGGAGUCUCACAGGUAUGCCUGAUCGCAUGUUAUGUGCAGUGCUGGAGCAAUUUCAGCUUUACUUUUCCCUUUGAUUCAUUCUCUGUAUAGCACGGCAAGCCCCAGCAUGCUAAAGAGGAAACAGAGCUCACGGGUCGAGGCCCAACCCAUGACCGACUUUGGGCCGGAUGAGACCCUGGCAGACAGUGCCGAUAUCUUCUGGAUCAACAAACCAUGGGUGCACUCUCUGCUGCGAGCCUGUGCCAUCAUCAGUGUCAUAUCCGUGUGCAUGAACACCCCCAAGACAUUCGAGCAUUACCCCCCACUGCAGUAUGUGACAUUCACCCUGGACACACUGCUCAUGUUCCUCUACACAGCCGAGAUGAUCGCCAAGAUGCACAUCAGAGGAAUCAUCAAGGGGGAUAACUCGUAUGUGAAAGAUCGCUGGUGUAUGUUUGACGGAUUCAUGGUAUUUUUUAUCUGGGUGUCCCUGGUGCUGCAGGUGUUUGAAAUAGCAGAGCUUGUAGAUCAGAUGUCGCCAUGGGGUAUGUUGAGAAUCCCCCGGGCGCUGAUUAUGAUCCGGGCCUUCAGGAUCUACUUCCGCUUCGAACUUCCUCGCUCCCGCAUCACCAACAUUCUCAAGCGAUCUGGGGAACAGAUCUGGAGUGUAUCCAUCUUCCUGCUGUUUUUUCUUCUGCUCUAUGGAAUUUUGGGUGUUCAGAUGUUUGGAACGUUCAACCAUCACUGUGUUACCAAUGAUACACAGAAAAAUAAUGUGUCGUGGAACAACUUGGCAAUCCCAGAUACCCAUUGCUCUCCCGAUGGAGAAGGUUACCAGUGUCCUUAUGGGUUCAAAUGCAUGGACCUCGAAGAGCUGGGCCUCAGCCGACAGGAGCUUGGUUAUAGUGGCUUCAACGAGCUAGGUACAAGUAUAUUCACUGUAUAUGAGGCUGCAUCACAGGAAGGCUGGGUGUUCCUCAUGUAUAGAGCCAUCGACAGUUUCCCUCGCUGGCGCUCCUACUUCUACUUUAUAACUCUCAUUUUCUUCCUGGCAUGGCUUGUAAAGAAUGUGUUCAUAGCAGUGAUCAUUGAGACGUUUGCUGAAAUCAGAGUUCAGUUUCAGCAGAUGUGGGGGUCAAGGAGCAGUACAACCUCUACUGCUACAACACAGAUGUUCCAUGAAGACGCUGCUGGGGGAUGGCAGCUCGUAGCUGUGGAUGUCAACAAACCACAUGGCCGAGCGCCUGCUUGCCUCCAGCAACUGAUGCGGUCCUCUGUGUUCCACAUGUUUAUCUUGAGUAUGGUGGCUGUGGACGUCAUCGUUGCUGCUAGCAACUAUUAUAAAGGAGAAAACCACCGCAGGCAUUAUGAUGAGUUUUACCUGGCAGAGGUUGCGUUUACUGUAUUAUUUGACCUGGAAGCUCUUUUAAAGAUCUGGUGUCUGGGCUUCACCGGCUACAUCAGCUCUUCUCUGCACAAGUUUGAAUCUCUGCUUGUGGUGGGGACCACACUACACAUCUACCCAGACCUCUACCACUCCCAGUUCACCUACUUUCAGGUUCUUCGUGUUGUACGUUUGAUUAAGAUUUCCCCAGCUCUGGAGGACUUUGUCUACAAGAUCUUUGGUCCGGGUAAAAAACUUGGCAGCCUGGUGGUGUUCACAGCCAGCCUCCUCAUCGUCAUGUCAGCCAUAAGCCUGCAGAUGUUCUGCUUUGUGGAGGAGCUGGACCGUUUCACCACAUUCCCCAGGGCAUUCAUGUCCAUGUUUCAGAUCUUAACCCAGGAGGGCUGGAUAGAUGUCAUGGACCAGACUCUGGUAGCUGUAGGUCGUAUGUGGGCUCCAGUAGUGGCCAUUUACUUCAUCCUCUACCAUCUGUUUGCUACCUUGAUUCUUCUGAGUCUUUUUGUGGCCGUUAUCUUGGACAAUCUGGAGUUGGAUGAAGACCUAAAAAAGCUCAAACAGCUCAAGCAAAGCGAAGCCAAUGCUGACACCAAAGAGAAGCUCCCUUUACGACUCAGGAUCUUUGAAAAGUUCCCCAACCGGCCUCAGAUGGUGAAGAUCUCCAAGCUCCCCUCUGAUUUCACUGUGCCCAGAAUCAGGGAGAGUUUUAUGAAGCAGUUCAUUGAUCGACAGCAGCAGGACACCAGCUGUUUGUUCCGGCGUCUUCCCUCUGCAUCAUCCUCCUCCUGUGACCACUCCAAACGCUCAGCCAUUGAAGACAACAAGUAUAUCGACCAAAAGCUUCGCAGGUCAAUAUUUAGUAUCCGAGCUCGCAACCUCCUGGAAAAAGAGACAACUAUCAAUAAAAUCCUGCGGGCUUGUACCAGACAGCGCAUGCUAAGUGGAUCUUUUGAGGGUCAGCCAGCCAAAGAACGAUCCAUACUCAGUGUCCAGCAUCACAUACGGCAAGAACGCAGAUCAUUGAGACAUGGCUCUACGAGUCAAAGGAUCAGCCGAGGGAAGUCGCUGGAGACUCUCACUCAGGAUCAUUCCAGCACUGUCCGCUACAGAAAUGCCCAGAGGGAGGACAGCGAGAUCAAGAUGAUCCAAGAAAAGAAAGAACAAGCAGAGAUGAAAAGGAAAGUUCAGGAAGAGGAGCUGAGAGAAAACCAUCCUUACUUUGAUAAGCCUCUCUUCAUUGUGGGCCGGGAACAUCGCUUCAGGAACUUUUGCAAGAUGAUUGUUCGAGCCCGCUUCAACGCAUCCAAAACUGACCCCAUAACAGGAGCAGUGAAGAACACCAAAUACCAUCAACUAUAUGACCUUCUGGGCUUGGUCACCUAUUUGGACUGGGUGAUGAUUGUAGUAACCAUCUGCUCCUGCAUCUCCAUGAUGUUUGAGUCACCCUUCACCAGGGUCAUGCACGUCCCCACAUUGCAGAUUGGGGAGUACGUGUUUGUCAUCUUUAUGAGCAUCGAGCUCAACCUGAAGAUCAUGGCCGAUGGUCUGUUCUUCACCCCCACGGCUGUCAUCAGGGACUUCGGCGGAGUCAUGGACAUUUUUAUCUAUCUUGUGAGUCUGAUUUUUCUGUGCUGGCUGCCGACUGACGUCCCUCCAGAGUCUGGGGCUCAGCUGCUGAUGAUGCUGCGCUGCUUGCGUCCACUCAGGAUCUUCAAACUCGUACCACAGAUGAGGAAAGUGGUGCGGGAGGUUCUCAAAGGCUUCAAGGAGAUUUUUCUGGUUUCCAUUCUGCUCCUCACACUAAUGCUGGUGUUCGCAAGCUUUGGAGUUCAACUGUUUGCCGGAAAGCUUGCAAAGUGCAACGACCCCCAUAUUCUUAAACGGGAUGAUUGUCAUGGCAUCUUCAGAAUAAAUGUCAGUGUUUCCAAAAACCUAAACCUGAAACUGAGGCCUGGGGAGAAGAAACCAGGCUUCUGGGUACCAAGAGUGUGGGCAAACCCUCGUAAUUUUAAUUUUGACAAUGUGGGAAAUGCCAUGUUGGCACUGUUUGAAGUGCUCUCACUGAAAGGCUGGGUGGAGGUUCGAGAUGUUAUUAUUCACCGUGUUGGACCGAUCCAUGGCAUCUACAUCCAUGUCUUCGUGUUUCUGGGAUGCAUGAUUGGACUCACUCUAUUUGUUGGAGUCGUCAUUGCAAACUUCAAUGAGAACAAGGGUACUGCUCUGCUAACAGUGGACCAAAGAAGAUGGGAAGAUCUGAAGAGUCGACUGAAAAUUGCUCAACCUCUCCACCUGCCCCCACGUCCAGAGAAUGGUGGUUUCCGGGCCAAGAUGUAUGACAUUACUCAACAUCCCUUCUUCAAACGGGGUAUCGCUGUGCUGGUGUUGGCACAGUCAGUGCUGCUGUCAGUCAAGUGGGAUGUUGAUGAUCAAGUAACAUUUCCCCUCGCCACCAUGUCGGUAGUCUUCACCUUCAUAUUUGUUCUGGAGGUGACCAUGAAGCUGAUAGCCAUGUCUCCAGCGGGUUAUUGGCAGAGCAGACGGAAUCGCUAUGACCUGCUGGUCACAUCACUGGGUGUCAUCUGGAUUGUCCUGCACUUUUCACUUCUGAAUGCAUAUACCUACAUGAUGGGUACAUGUGUGAUUGUCUUCAGAUUCUUCACAAUAUGUGGGAAGCAUGUGACACUGAAAAUGCUGCUGCUGACUGUGGUGGUCAGCAUGUACAAGAGCUUCUUCAUCAUCGUGGGCAUGUUCCUCCUCCUCCUCUGCUACGCAUUCGCUGGCGUUGUUCUGUUUGGAACUGUCAAGUAUGGCGAGAACAUCAACCGGCAUGCCAACUUCUCCACAGCGGGCAAGGCUAUCACCGUGCUGUUCCGAAUUGUGACCGGGGAAGAUUGGAAUAAAAUCAUGCAUGAUUGCAUGGUACAGGCACCGUUCUGCACCCCAGAUAAGCAUCGCUAUUGGGAGACUGACUGUGGCAACUAUGCUGGAGCUCUUAUCUACUUCUGCUCUUUCUAUGUCAUAAUCGCUUACAUCAUGCUCAACCUACUUGUAGCCAUCAUUGUGGAGAACUUCUCCCUGUUCUACUCCACCGAGGAGGACCAGCUGCUGAGCUAUAAUGACCUGAGGCACUUCCAAAUCAUCUGGAACAUGGUGGAUGACAAACGGGAGGGCGUGAUUCCAACAUCCAGGGUGAAGUUCCUGCUCCGUCUGCUCAGAGGCAGACUGGAGGUGGACCUGGACAAAGACAAGCUGCUGUUUAAACACAUGUGCUACGAGAUGGAGCGACUUCACAAUGGAGGAGACGUGACCUUCCACGAUGUGCUCAGCAUGCUGUCAUAUCGCUCAGUAGACAUAAGAAAGUCUCUCCAGCUGGAGGAGCUGUUGGCCAGGGAACAGCUGGAGUACACCAUUGAAGAAGAGGUUGCCAAGCAGACCAUACGCAUGUGGCUCAAGAAAUGCCUCAAACGCAUCCGGGCGAAGCAGCAGCAGUCGUGUAGCAUCAUCCUCAGCUUGAGAGAGAGCCAGCAGCAGGAGUUGAGCCACUUCCUCCACCCCCCCAGUAUAGAGACCACUGUGCCAAGUGAAGACCACAAUACUAACAACCCAGACAACCCGUCACAGCCUGAGAUGAGUGGUCUCCAGCAGUUACUGAGCCCCACAUUGUCAGACAGAGGAGGCUACAGACAGGACUCUUCAGACCUGGGGAGACCACAGAGGAAGCUGGGACAGUGGCGGCUCCCUGCAGGUCGCACAAGUGUCAAGUCCAUAGUGUGCAAGAUGAACCCUGUCAAGGAUGAGGCUUCUUCGGGGUCAGAGGUGAAGAAGUGGUGGACCCGUCAGCUGACUGUGGAGAGCGACGAGAGUGGCGAUGACCUCAUUGACAUUUAGAGACGUGUUGCACCACAUCCUGCAGGUUUUUUUAUUUAAUAGCGGGAAGUCCUGCUGGCUUUUAUUUUCCCUUAUCUCCCCCAUCAGUGAAAAUAAGGCCUUCUCUGUCCUUUCUGAUUUCUGUGAGACAUUUGUUGCUGCUGCCCUUGUGACAUGCGGCGACGAUUUCAAAUCUCUGGGAUAGGUAUUACUUUUGAUUUUCCAGCGUUAUGACUGCUGAGGUUUUCUAUGCAGGUUACAGCGGACAUGACAGGAAAGGACCAAGAACCAAGAAGCUGCUGCUUAUGUGUUUUCAUUGUUCUGACACCUGUAAUGUUGCUGAUGCAGCUGCCGUUCGUUGUGAUGUCCUUUCAGGUCAAAGCUUCAUCUCUGUUUUUUUAGACCAUGUCUCUGAUAACGUCUCCUCUGUUUUUCAGUAUGAACUGAUUUUCUUAAAUUCCAAUUUUCUUAUUGUAACUUUAUACUUUAAGCAGGACGCUUGUUCUUGUUGGUCGAACAAGCUAAGUAAAAUAACUUUUAGAUCUAUGACUGUGAAUGUAAUUACAAAAGUAAAUACACAGUAUCUUAUGUAUUUGUGUGGAGUUGGAAAUGAUGACAGAUUUUAUAAAUGAUUAUAAUUUAUUUAUGAAGUAUUAAAUUAUUCUAAUAAAGGCCUGAUUCGCUCAGGUAUUUAUGAGCAAAAUAA